GUCCCGCUUUAGGAAAGUUGGAGGCCAUUGCCCGUGUUCUGUCGAGUUGUGCUACCUUGCCAAACCGUGCUGCUCUAGUAGUAUUUAAUUUUUAAAAAGGUAAAAAUACAAAAGGGACCAUAUUCGACAACUUAUUAGAAAAUACUCCCAGCAGAAUCCUAGGUCUGAUAUGUGAGGAUAGGAUAAAUCACUUUAUCAGGUAAAGUUAAAAAGUUAAUGUUAAUGUAAAGCCGUAUUUUUUAUUGUUUUAUAGUUAAUUAUUGUUUUUAACUUAGCAUUGCUAUGCUUUAACUUUCAAGCAGAUUGUGUAAUGCUCCCGUAAAAAAAAUGAAGGAAUUAUCAUGAAGAAAAAAAAAUGUUGGCGGUUGGUUUGCGCAUGCGCAGUGACGUAAAGAAGCACAUAUUGAUGGGUAGCAUAACUCGACGGAACACCGGCCCCCUGUGUGUGUGUUUUACUGGUCUUGGUAAAUGACCCUGCUGAAAGGAGAGCGGACUCUACCGGUUCUGGUCGGUUUAUGAGUUUAAUAAGCCCUGUACAGGCCGCUGGUGUAGUAUUUCACCGCGGGUUGGAGGCGGCUCCGCAGCCGGGAUCUUUCGGCCUUAUUCGGCUCCAGUCGGGCAGCAGCGCUGAUGGACGAAAGCGAGGCGGCGAAGCAGCAGCUCGGCUCAGCCGAAGCGGCGGGGAAGGAGGGGGCGGAAUCGGAGACCGAAUCGGAGGCCGAAGUGCCCACGAUGACUGUAAUGGGGGAAGCGGCGAACAUCGACAUAGCCGAGUCCCUGCCGAACCCAGACGAGGCCGAGACGGCGUUUGCAGAAGUGACAACAGUCACAGUCGGUGGUGUCCAGACUGCAGAUGACAAUGUUUUCUCAACAUCUGUCGCUACAGCAACGUCCAUCCCUGACCAUGUGCUCACGGGUCGCACGACUCUGCAGAUUGGAGACAGUCUUAGCACUCAGAAGGCCACUCUGAUUGUUGUGCACACUGAUGGCAGUAUAGUGGAUGCCACUGGCCUAAAAGCCACCCCUUCACCCUUGACCCCAGGUCCUCAGACUCCUUCUACUCCACUGUCUCCAAGCCAUGAGAAAGAUGUGUCCAAGUACAACUGGGAUCCAUCCGUGUAUGAAAAUGAACUGCCAGUGCGCUGCAGGAACAGCAGUGGCAUUCUCUACAAAAACAGACUGGGAUCAGGGGGAAAAGGACACUGCAUCAAACACAACAACAACUGGUACACUCCUACAGAGUUUGAAGGACUGGCUGGAAGGGCCAGCAGUAAGGACUGGAAGAGGAGCAUUCGUUAUGCAGGACGACCUCUUCAGUGCCUUAUACAGGAACGGAUCCUCAACCCACAUGCUGCCUCCUGUACCUGUGCAGCUUGCUGCGAUGACCUAACUAUGAGCAAGGAUGGAUCCUUUGGAGGCGAAAGCAUAUCUAUGACCGGACCUGUGCGUCUCUUUGUUCCGUACAAGAGACGGAAAAAAGACAAUGAGCGUUCGGUGUCUCCAGAGAAAAAGGAGUCGCUGCCACCCAAGAACAUCACGCUAGCACCCGGAGCCACCUUUACAGUGACCCCAUCAGGUGAGCUCACCACCUCAGGUACAUUAACUUUUGAUCGCACAGCAACAGGAGACACAACAGCCAUCAUUUCAGAGAGCCCCGCCCCUUCAGAUGUCUUCAACAGCACAGCAGUGUUGACCACGCUGCCCGCUCUGGCAGUGAUCCCUCAGCAGACCAUGGUGCAGGCUAAAGCUCCCGCUGCAGCAGGAGUGGUCAACGGCCUGGAGACCAGUGAGCAGCGCACCUGGCUCUACCUGGAGGAGACGGCAAACACACUGCUCAGCACCGUGCAGCAGCUCAAAUCCCUCAUCGCCCAGGCCAAACAAGCCAGCCAGGCCAACCAGCAGACGAGCAGCGGCCUGGAGAAAAGCUGCAGCAGGAAGGAUGUUAAUGUGUCUUUUCCCAGCCAGCUUUCACUCACUGAUGACCCAGAAGGGAAGAUUACUGAAAUUAUCAUCAAGCAUACCUGUGUAAACUGUGGACGUGAGGCUUCAAAUGAAUGUACAGGCUGCCAUAAAGUCCACUAUUGUUCAAGCUUUUGCCAAAAAAAGGACUGGACGGAUCACCAGCACAGCUGCUCUCAGCCCACUGUUGCUAUGGGAAUACAUGACGAGGCUCAUAUAGCCAGUGUAGAGGUAGAAAAAGUCAAGACUUAAUGUAAGCUAAAGUUUACCUACAUAAUAUAUCAAUUCUGCAUUAUGGACAUGGUCAGUUUCGAUGAGAGGGAUAGUGCUCUUUGUUGUCUGAAAGCACUGAAAUUUACCUUUUAAGCUACCAAAAAUGAAAAUGACAAAAGACGAUGCGUACAUAAAACUAUAUAAAAUUAAAACUGGAUCUGCAAAGCUAAAAGAAUUUUCAAACAAUAUAUAUUUUUUUAUUUAUGUCAUUCGACCAUUGAUUCUAAAUGGGACAUUACUGCAGCUGGCAGGCCAGUUGAUUUUGUAUAGGUCAGAAGUGGCAGUUUUUUUUUUUUUUUUUUGCAGUGUCCCUUCUUAUCAGUCUUAAGGAACUCAUGUAUUAUAUUAUAUGUGUAAAUGUGAUAAACAUUUUUGAAUGAAUACACUGACAUGCCAAAAAUCAUUUCAGAGGAACUAGUAUUGUGUCCCAUGAUUUUUGCCACAUCCAAUCAAAACUAAAGGACGAUGUUGAGGCAUAUGAGUGUUGAGACUGCAUUAAAUGAGGAUGUAAUUUCUGUCAGACUAAUGCCUUUUUUUGCACAGACAAUUCUAGUCAGAUACUGCUGGUUAUGAUCAUUACCACCCACUGUGCAGUCCACUGUGGAUGGUAAUGUUUUCUUGUUAUGUACACUGUGAAUGAAGGAAAUAAAAUGAAAUGUCCCAUCCAUCUGACACCCUGUAUCAGGCCUUGCUCAAAAACUCCAAUAAUUCAUGUGCGCUCUCACAAAUGCACUGGCCAGUGUGAAACCUUACUCACCAUUCCCUGAGGAAACACUUCAGUUUACAUAAUGCUGUCCCAUGACUUUUGGCAUGUCAGUGUAAAAGAAUAUAACAUUACAUAAUAAAAUACAAAGAGCAAGUUGUUACGCAGCUUUUCAAGUUCAGAGCAACAGUGGCCGACCAUAUUUGAUCAAGCCAAAUUAAAAUUUUAUGCAUGAAUUUACAUACCAGCAGAUCUAACCUCCUGAAGAUAAGAUAUUGCAGUGAGGAUAUCGGGUGGUCCCGAAUCUAGACCCUAGAAGAAUAAAACAAGGAAAUGUAAAUAAUGUGUGUAUAUUUUUGAAUUUCUGUUGUUUUCAGUUUGUUUUUCUCUGUUUAUUACUUUAGUGUGUAAUUUAUGCAUCAUUGUUUAACUAGUUAGUAUAAACAAUAGUGUUAAUGACUUAAUGAUUUUAUUCAUGAAUUUAUUCCUAUUUAUCUUUUUAAAUCUACACACAUUCUUCAGUAAUUGGAGACCUCUUGUUAGUUUUGUUGUCCCAAAAUUGGGAAUUCAUGGAAUGUAUUAAAAAGUAAAAGAGUUGGAUAAACAA